AUGUUCAAAGACUUUUAUAUUUUGUGUAUUCUAAGAGGCAAAGGACUGCCACGAAUCCAAGCUGUACAGAUUGCAAAGGCCUUUGGACUACGACCUAUUGUUGUUGAUGCGGGCAGUAAAAAGCGUGAUCGGUCAUUGAAGAUGGGGGCAGAGCAUUUCGUUGAUUUCAAGGAGUUCCUGGAUACCGUUCCUUGA